UUCUCCCAUGCAGCUUGCGGUCAUCCAAAUAUCUUGAUACUGUGUACUUCCAUACUCUGGAAGCUGUUACUACAUCCAACAAUCCAGGGCGACAUCAACGGUCGUUAUAAUUAUUGAGGCGUCAAAUCCCACCAUCCAAGCACCGCAUGCUUUGCCGCCGACAAACCGACCAAGUAACCUGCGAUAGUGGGUUAACCUUCAGACCAUGCGCAAGUCGAGGCCUGCAACGUCUGGCUAUGCCAGAUUGAAUCAAGCAGAAGAAGAAUCCGACAUCGUUGGAGAUUCCGAAGACGAUGAUCCUUUCCGAUCCCAAAAAACCAUCUCACAAUCGAACCGCCAAUACACCCCAAUUCAACCACGUCGCCAUGCACGAAUGUCAUCCGAUGGCCCAAGAAGCGGACAUCGACCAGGACAUAGACAUAGACGUAGCUCAGGCGUGGAUAUCAAGGCAAUAAACGCGAGGUUAGAACGAUGGGCGGAUGAAAUUGCUUCCAAAUUCAAGAUCCGGAAAGAUCGGGGGACAUUGAACGAAGAACCGCUUGAAAUCCAACAUUCGGUGUUCCAGGCUCCAGACUGGAUUCGACCGGCAGAUGCGGAGACGCUUGAAACGCAGUACGAUGAUUCGAAUACUCGCGUGAGCAAAGAGGUCUUCGAUGGGGCGGUUGAAAGCGUGCAGAUUGCUAUCGAGCAGGGGGUACAUCCGAAGUUGAUUUCACAGGGAAGCUCUGGAAGUUACUUCGCAAGAACGGCGGAAGGGGAGAUUGUUGGAGUCUUUAAACCCAAAGACGAAGAACCGUACGCUUCAAAGAAUCCCAAAUGGACCAAAUGGAUCCACCGAAACCUUUUCCCUUUCUUCUUCGGCCGAGCAUGCCUCAUCCCCAACCUUAGCUACGUAUCCGAAGCGGCAGCAUACGUCUUGGAUAUGCGGUUACACACGAACAUCGUACCAUACACGGACAUCGUCUCACUUUCUUCGAAAUCAUUCCAUUACGACUAUUGGGACCGAAGAGCUUUCUAUAGGAGAAGGAAGGCCUUGCCGCAUAAAGUGGGUAGCUUUCAAUACUUCUUGACCGGAUACAAGGACGCGACACGCUUCCUGAAGGAGAACCCCUGGCCCGACCAAAACAACUCCAUGUUACGCUCCGGGACAGCGGUAAGGAAGAAGGAGAGGAAGCGGAUCAGAUGGACGGACGAUUGCCGGCCAGGUGGUCGGCCAGACUCCGAUGACGAAGACAACGUCGUACCGAAUGGCCACGAACGGAACAACCGCGAGAUAUUUUGGAGUGAAGAGCUACAGCAAUCUUUCCGCGAGCAACUAGAGAAACUCGUUAUCCUCGACUACAUUAUGCGAAACACUGAUAGGGGAUUGGACAAUUGGAUGAUCAGAGUGGAUCGCGAGUCUCAAACCGCUAGUAUAGUAGCCGAGCCACCGAAAGAGAAUGGCGCGACUCGACUCAGUGGUCUCUUUGAUGAUGAUGAGCCGUACAAGAGGGAGGAACCUAUGUCGGUGAACGGAAUUACGACAGAUUCCGAAACACCCGACGAGAAGGUCUCGGUAUCAAUAGGGGCGAUCGACAACAGCCUUUCCUGGCCUUGGAAGCAUCCUGAUGCUUGGCGCAGCUAUCCGUUUGGGUGGCUUUUCCUCCCCGUGUCGCUCAUCGGACAGCCUUUUUCGGAGGCAACCCGCAAGCAUUUCCUGCCAUUGCUUACCUCGAAGCAGUGGUGGGCCGAAACACAAUUAGAAUUGCGUAAAUGUUUCAUGCAAGAUUCGGACUUCAAGGAGAGAAUGUACGCUCGUCAGAUCGCGGUCAUGAAAGGACAGGCUUGGAACGUCGUGGAGACUCUCAAAACCCCGGAUCACGGUCCUCUUGAGCUAACACGGAGAGCGCGAGUCUGUGUUUGGGACGACCUUGUCGAUGUCCCCGUGGCCAUGCCGAUGCGCCCGCCGUCUCCAGAGCAAAGCCGUAGAGUCCGACAGGUUCCUCGGCCUCGUUCGACCGAAGAGAUCGAUAUUAGCGCCGCCUAUGCGUCCGAACCGCAACCAGACCUUCUCGCAUUCUCGUCGCCUGUUAGAAAUGGAGAGAGUUCAAAUCGAUUCAACGUAUCCCGUCAUUCUAGCUCGAUGGAUGUUCGAGAGAGCAUGGAGAACAGCGACGGGCCCCUAUCCCCUGCAUCGGUCAAUGUAAUGGUUGGUGGUUCUCAAACCAGAGAACAGAAUGGGGACUACGGUUGGACUUCACGCUCCGCUCCAUUCCGUCCUCGUCUGAGCUACGAAGGCCCUCGUCGGUCACGACAUAGCCAAGACAAGGGACGGCGGAAAUUCUCAUUCAGCAAGCGCGGCGGCGUUCCGGAAUUUGCGAACCAGGACGACCUGGAAGGCGAUUUGGGCUAUGCGGCCAAUGAAGACCUCGAAAGUCAUCACAAGCAGGUGAUUGUGGAGAGGCUAGAGACGGUGAAGAGCAAGAACCCUGUAUUCAAAUGGUGUUAAAUGGCAAGAUGUAACGGAUACCUGUAUCGGAACUGUAUCGCCUCUUGGGCAACCGGAUUGUAUGGCGUCUCGUGGUUCGACUAGCUUGAGCGUGGAGCAUCAGUCAUGAAUUCAAUGCACGUCCAGGCUAUGGAUUGGUGUGUCUUAGAGCAAUAUCUCCGAGAUCUAGAUUCAAAGAUCAACCCCUUCGAUUUGCGUCUUUGUCCUUGUGCAAAUUCAAGCAUCUAUCAAUGUCC